AUGAUAGGAUUCAGCAGGAUCUUCACAACCCUCAGCCUAGUGCUGCUAUCGAUCGCACUGAAAGCUGAGGCCUUUAUGGGUGGCUUCGGAGGGCCUUUUGGAGGUGGCUAUGGUGGCCAAUAUGGGGGUUACGGUGGAGGUUAUGGAGGUUACGGUAGUGGAGGUUAUGGAGGUUACGGUGGUGGAGGUUAUGGAGGUUACGGUGGAGGAGGCUACGGAAGUCCGUUUGGAGGCGGUUUUGGUGGUUACGGUGGUUACGGCUAUAUGAACUACUUGGACAAUUACUACAAUUAUUUCCUACCGUCGUAUUAUAGUCAAUUUGGUUAUGGUAAGAAACGAGCUUGA